AUGAUCACACCAGAGUUGAUCAAUUUCCUCAAACAAGCUGUUCAGGAGGAGCAGCAGGCUCUGCAAGGUUUGAGAAAAGACAUCGAAACCAAAACGGGAGAAGGAAAGAAAGAAGGAAAAAAAGAAGGGAAGAAAGAGCAGGGAGCAGCCCCUCCAACAACGACCCCAGCUCCAUUGGUCAUGCAAAUAAAACCAAGUAAGGACAGGGGACAACCCCAUCCGAUAGCCAUUACCCUUUCGACAGUUCCGGUCAUUUAUGCACAAGAAGGUACGGUUCUCAAAACACAACAAGAAGAAACAAAUAUCAUUGAAGAAGAGCUAGCAAAAGCCGCAAAGGACCCAAAUAUUCCCCCAACGCAAAAAAUUGCUGAAAUCCAAAAACGGCUUGAUAUACUCGCAAGCAAAGAAGAAUAUUUCAAACAGGAUGCAGACACUGCAAACAGAGAGUUAUCGUCAGAGGUGAAUCAAAACCAGAUUUCCACAACACAGAAACCAACCUUUCGUACGUUCCAGACUCAAAAACAGCUCCACAACGCACAAGGCCCCGGAACACCACCCGGAACACCACCCGGAUAUCCACCCGGACCACCUGGCUAUCCACCCGGACCACCGGGAUAUCCACCCGGACCACCUGGAUAUCCACCACCUUCCAAUAAAACAGAAUCUUUGUCAAAUGACAUCGAUGAGACAAACGAAUUAUCAACUUAUCCACUAGCUCAAUCAUCAACAACUCAAUCACCAGCAACUCGAGAUCUCAACGACAGGUUUUCAAGUUUGAGAACGUGUUUUAAUGAUUCACAUGAGAGAGGCUUCCAAUCUUUUAUUUUAUUGGCUUAA